CUAUGGUGGUCUGGAUCUGUAGUCAAUUUAUUGACUAGUCUGACCAAUAGGAAGCGCUGUUGCUAGGGAAGCGCUGUUGCUAAGGAAGCGCUGUUGCUAGGAGCUCCGUGUCGCUGUCCAAUGGAAAGCAUCAUUCUUGGAACAGAAGAGGAGGAGGACAUGGUUGGAUGUUGGAACAUCUGAAUGGGUUUCGGCUGCAAAAACUACAAGUUAGUCCUCAAUCUGUGGCUUUAAUUAAUGUGAUUUACGGCGUGUGUCCUGAUAGAGAUGGGGGGCAGCAGCAGCUCCGUACACAUCACGUUGGAGCCUGAGGACGCAGAAGGGGUCGUGUUUGUGAAGGGCAUUCGGCUGACUGGUAGAGUGAUUGAUCGCAUGAAGGAGCCUGCACCAGUCCAGUGUUCUCAGUCCAAAAGCUCAAAAUGUCCUCCAGAAGAUCAGCUCUUAACCCCUCAGAGUGAGACACUUCCCCCUACUGAGCUUUUGGCACCAAAACUGCCCCAACCACCUUCUUAUGCAAGUGCACUUGUACCACCACCACUUCUGCAGGAGUCUGUCAGUCCACUAGUGUUAGUGGGUCAGGAGACUCCAACACCACCUACAUCCACACCUGUUGUUGAAACAGUUCCCUCUGUCACUCAUACUGCACCUGAGUCUGUGCCUGCUCCUGUGCCUUCAGUUCAAGAACAUGUAGAUAUAUCCAUGUCCACUGAAUCUGUACCUCCAGCUCCACCUGCUGAACCCUCACCAGAAAGCACAUCUCCAUUAAAUCUCACUGAACCUGUUCCUGUAGUAUUUUUACCUUCUGCUGAAACUGUGGACAUUUCUCCACCUCCGCCUCCAUUUACUGAUACUAUGCAUUCUCCUUCACCUAUUGACCCAAUACCUAUACCUGUGGAAGCCCAAACAAUUCCAUUAACUAAUGAUGUGCUCACAGCUCCACCUGUUGAAGUCAUACACAUUCCUCCAGUUGUUGAUACUAUUAACAUACCUGUCGAAUCAUCUGUAUCUAUACCUACUCUGACCCUAGAUGCAACUACUCCAGAUGAACAAAUAGAGCUGCCUACAACACCUACCUCUGAGCCAGUAGCUAAGAAUGAAUUGCCACUUUUUCCUGUUACACCACUCACAUCUCCUACUGAAUCAGUGGAAAUUUCAACAAACAUUACACCUGCACCUGUAAAGCCCAGUGAUUUGUCCAGCAACCUGGAGGAUCUGCUUCCUCCUCCACCCUCUCCUGCUCUAGCUGUGAAGAGUGAAGUUCCCUCAGUGGGGCAGCUUGAAUGCCCUUCUAAUAAAAAUACCCCAGUUCCAACACUUGUUUUUGAGCCAGCCAUUCCACCAGUGCUGCCUUCUCUAACUGAAACAAUUAGUUCCCAACAGGCUGUGGGGCAACAAUUAUGUUGUCUCUUGUAUUUAGUAAAUGAGAAAGACCUGAGGAAGCAUAUCAGAGAUGAACUGCAGAAACACCUUCAAGAAGAGAUAAAGAUGGCAAAGCUAAACAUCCAUAAGCAGUUGGAGAAGGAGAAAGCUAAGGCUGAGGCAGAAGCUCGGGCCAAAGCUCAGCAGCAGAUCCAGGAAGAGGUUCAGAAGAUCCUGGAGAAGGAACAGCUAGUCCUUCAGCAGACUCUAAAAGAUGCUAUUAUUCAGGAUGCGCAGCUUGCAAGCCAGUAUUAUUGGAUUGAAAGGAAGAUUAAGAAGCUGGAAAAGAAGGAGAUAGACCUGGCAAAACGGGACUUGAUGUACAAAGAACAGAUUGCCCAGCUUGAGGAGAAGACUGCAAAGUUAACCAGAUUCACGGCAAUCAGCUUCAAAAAGGGUCUGGAGGAAACUCAGAAACGUUUCAAGAGGUGCCAGAUGAAGCCAGUUUGCUUAGAGCUACAGAGCAAGAUUUUGAAAUGUUAUUUGCAAAAUACUGGCCAGACUCUUACAUGCUCCAAUAUUGCCUCGCUGUAUGUGAAGUGUGUAAACAAUGCUAAACAGAAUAAGAAGGUGAGCACAGGGGGUUAAACCUAUUUCCAGGAUGAACAUUACUCUUAUGGUAGAAGAAACAACCCGGCAGAGAGGACACAAGCAUUACAAGCAAGUUAAUGCAGCUGUGCACCUUGCCUUCAUUCUAACUGUGUUAUUACUAUAAUUAGAAUGCAAAGCAUGGAGUUCAUAAACAUGCUUCUAGAAUGAUUUAGUGCAGUUCACAUAAUAUAUUCUAACCCACCAUCAGUGGGUGCUUGACAAAAUAAACACAUGUACAGUUCACGGGAA